AUGGAAGUGGUUUCUGCUUAUGAAAAUCUCAUGAAAUUUUGCAAACCUGUUAAACUAUACAAAAUUCUUCAUGCUCGCUCACUAAAGCACGGAAUACUUCAUCAUUUGUUGUCAUCACAUGACAUUUUUGAUUAUAAGUUUUGGUACCCGGCGAAAAAUCAUCCACAAGUUGAUGUCUUCCUGAAACCUGAUGCAUUCGAAUUUUGGGAAAAAGAAAAUGAUAAUGCAAAAAUGUACAAGAAGAUCCCUUUUGGUUUUUGCUCGAAACGUCGCAAGAUAAGACAAAGACGUGCUCGUAAAAACAUGAAGCAACCUAAUGAAGACUCUAUGGAGUUGGAUUUAGGUGAUUCACCUCAUGCCGCAGAAAAUAAAUUGUCUAAUGUGAAGGAUGGUAACAUGAGGCGACCUAAUGUAGAUUCUUUGGAGUUGGAUUUAAAUGAAUUACCUCAUGUCACAGAAAAUGAAUUGUCUAAUGUGAACAAUGGUAAAAUCUCUCCCGAAAAGACUAGCGAGAUUCAAACUACUAAUGAACCAGGAAUAGGUAAGUCUUCUAUACCUAAGAAAGUGCUUCUUGCUACUAGGAGAAGAAAGUUAGCUGCAGAGCGGUCCGAGGAUAAAAGAGUUACGCGUCUUCAGAGUAGGCCGUUUUAUCACUCUCAAAAUGCUCAGCCAAUGAGUCUUAAAGAAGUAUUGUCUGAUGCGGAUAGCGAAGGUGAACCUGAUGAUGAUGAUGCAAAUCUCAAAGAACGUCUGUGGUUAAAUCAGUUGGUGAAUGUUAGCGAUGAGGACAAGCAAUUUAUGCAUCUUUGGAACAAAUUUGUAAGAAAGCAAAGGGUGAUUGCAGAUGGACAUGUUCCUUGGGCAUGUGAAGAGUUUACCAAACUCUACGGGAAAGAUUUGAACGGUUCGCAAUCUUUCUUCUGCAUCAUCACAUAA